AUGUCUUCUCCCGGGCCACCUUUACCACCUGGCAUACUCGUUGAUGAAGAGAUCUUGCCAGUAUACAAUUCCAAGCACUUCUACCCAGCGAAGCCUGGAGAGGUACUCGCCGAUCGUUACCAAACCUUGGUCAAGGUUGGCUGGGGCAUGUCUUCAACAGUAUGGCUCGCGCGUGAUCUGAAAGGAUAUGUCGAAGAGCCAGAGAGCGUCGUGGCACUGAAAAUUGUGAAUAAUAAUGCAAGUUCCGCUGAUCGCGAGCGCGAAGUUGAAGAGCAUAUUUCCACGGCAGACCCAUCACAUCGCGGGCGGUCACUUAUCCGAACAUUACUUGACUCUUUUGAAGUUAAAUGCCCAGAAGGUCACUAUCUAUGUCUUGUGUAUCCGCCUAUGAGGGAGUCGUUAUCGAUGUAUCAGCGGCGCUUUAACGACAGAAAGAUGCCCCUGCCCCUUAUUAAAACAUACAUUCGUGCUCUUCUUACGGGGCUUGAUUAUCUCCAUAAAAUAUGCAGGACAGUUCAUACAGAUAUAAAGCUUGAGAACAUCAUGGUCUCAUUCGAGGACCCAACCGUGCUCGCUGAUUUUAUUGAUUCUCAGCUUGCAAAACCGAUGGCUUUCAAGAUUGAUUCGAUAGGACGACCAGUGUAUCAAUCCCGUAAUGACUUCGGGCCGCUCAAAAGCCUGAGAAGUAUACCACAGCUAGUCGACUUUGGCUUGGCAACCAGGCUCGAAGAAGACGAUGACUGGGGCGUUUGGCCUAUUCAACCAGACCACUAUCGGGCACCAGAGGUGAUACUAGGUAACGGAUGGCAAAUGCCUGCGGAUAUUUGGAAUCUUGGUGUUCUGUUGUGGGAUAUGAUCGAAGGCAAAGAGCUAUUCCUGCAUAUUUAUGAUCAAGAAGGUCGCUAUGAUGCUAAACUGCAUAUUGCCGAAAUGAUAGCCUUACUCGGUCCACCUCCUCCAGAGGUCAUACAAAGGUACCGUUAUAUGCAAGAGUACUCCUGGCCGAAACCUGUUAGACGAGAAGACGGCAGGAUAUGCGAGACCGCGGAGGAGUACUUCUGUGGGCCAUUCUUUGACGAAAAAGGUCGCUUCCUUUACGAAGACCUGAUCCCUGACCGUAAAAUACGUGACGCACCUUCAUCCCUUGGGGGGGAGGAGAAGGAGUCGUUUUUGGACCUCGCUAAGGAAAUGCUUGUCUGGCACCCAGAUGCGAGAAAAACGGCAGGCGAACUGGCUGGGCACCCUUUUCUUCAACCAACGCAAAGAAGCGCCUGA